AUGUCAGUUGUCAUUCGUUAUGUGAAGAAUGGGUGUAUAUUGGAACAUUUUAUUGGUGUCAUUCAUGUUUUGAAUACCACAGCUGCCUCACUUAAGGCUGCAAUUGAUCAGUUAUUCUCAACGCAUAGUUUAAGCAUAUCUAAUUUGAGAGGCCAGGGAUAUGAUGGAGCUAGUAACAUGCGAGGUGAGUAUAAUGGCCUCAAAGCACUUAUUUUGAAAGAAAAUCCAAGUGCUUACUAUAUUCAUUGCUUUGCUCAUCAACUUCAAUUAGCUCUUGUAGCCGUGGCACAGAAACAUCCGAAGAUUGAAACUUUCUUCACUAUAGUACAUAGAUUGGUGAAUAUUGUUGGAGGAUCAGCUAAACGGAGUGAUCUUAUUCGAGAGAAUCAAAGAUUGAAAAUUCUUGAAUCACUCAGUAUUGGUGAAAUAUCAAGCGGACGAGAUCUCAAUCAAGAAAUUACUUUUCAGCGUCCUGGGGAUACACGUUGGGGCUCUCACUAUAGUUGUUUAAUUAACUUGAUUACCAUGUUUUCAACUAUAGUCGAAGUCAUUGAGAUGAUUGCUACUGAUUCUACAAGUACCGGAACAAGAGGUGAUGCAUGCAUUUUAUUGGAAUUGAUGUUAAGAUUUGAAUUUGCAUUUAAUCUAUAUCUCAUGAAAAAGAUUUUAGGGAUUUCAAACGAAUUGUCAAAAGCAUUACAAAGAAAAGAUCAAGAUAUUGUCAAUGCUAUGAAAUUGGUGCAAAUAUGUAAAACACAACUCCAAACCAUGAGAGAUGAUGGAUGGGAUUCUUUUUUGGGAGUGAUUUGUUCGUUUUGUGAAACUCACAAGAUCAAUGUUCCCGAUAUGGAUGAUAUGUUCGUAACUGUAGGUCGUUCACGGCAGUUGAAUGAUCGUUUUUCUGAAGCAAAUAGUGACUUGCUUAUUUGUGUUGCAUGUUUAUCUCCAAAUAAUUCAUUUGCUGCUUUUGACAAGUUCAAAUUGAUUCGACUAUGUCAGUCUUAUCCGGUAGAUUUUGACGCAGCAAAUAUCCUAGAACUUGAUGAUCAACUAGAUACAUAUAUUAUUGAGAUGCGCACUUCUAAAGACUUUGAAAAAUUACAAGGCAUUAGCGAUCUUGCACAGAAGUUGGUUGUGAAGAAUAAACAUGAAGUGUAUCCAUUAGUCUACAAACUUGUGACACUAACCUUAGUUCUUCCCGUGGCUACUGCUACAGUCGAGAGAGCAUUUUUUGCGAUGACUUACGUCAAAAAUCGUCUGCGCAAUCGAAUUGGAGAUCAAUGGUUGAAUGAUAGUUUGAUUGCAUAUAUUGAGAAAGAUGUUUUUUAUAAGAUUGAAAAUGAUGUAAUUAUUGAACGUUAUCAAAGUAUGAGAACACGUAGAGAGCAAUUGUAA